AUGGCGCCUCCAUCAAGCCUUGCAGCUUUAGCGGGUUACAGCAACAAGGUGAAAGUUGCAGUCGCCGACACUUCCGUGCCACCAACCACCAAAUUCCUCAUGGCGCUGUUUGCAACUGGCGCUGCACUCGUCUCAAUUGCAUCUGCGCUGGACAUCAAAGGUGUAAUUGUACCGGGCAACGGCCUCCGCUGGCUUUAUCUGUUCGGGGUCGCCAUGGCCAGUAUGAUUAUUUUGGACAGCCUGGUGGAAUUCGUCUACCUCUGGCUUGAGCUGAAGUUUUUCCUACGGCUGGUGAUGCUGCCUUCCGCUCAUCUGAUGUGCAAGGUGUGGCUGACAUCUGUGGCAGCUUUCGUGUCCUUCGACCGACUGUUCCGGGACUUUACUGUGGGCGAUGAACCGCCGCAGCUGCUCACUGUGGCUGAACGGUGGGUCCGGCGGCUGCUGAUAUGCUGGCUGCUGUCCUCCUGUAUGAGCAUGGCCAUAUCAGGGUUGUGCCAUCUGGUGGUGGCGCUGUUCUAUAGCGAAGGCAGUCGACAGAAGAUCGUCGCGGCGAUGCAGUGCACUUUGGCGCACUUUGUGUGCGCAGUAGCUGCCAUGCAUGCGUCCCUCUUCGGGGCCGCCUGCAUAAUUCAUACUGGUAGGGGUGGGGGUAGCGAUAAGGGUACGGCCGAGAAUGGGUUGACGGAGGACACGCGGUGCAUGUCGUCGAUAUUCAAGACUAGAAAACGCCGUCUUCGAUCGGGUCUGAUGCCCUGUUUGGCUCUCUACCCCUAA